AUGGCAACUGACGAUGACGAAUGUUACCAGAUGAUUAGUGACAUGGAACCCUUUGGAUUCAAAGCAACAAAACCAAAGGCAGACACUAUUUCUUUUAUGACUCCUGGUGCCAAGAGGUCGUUGACAAAAUAUCACCAGGGUGAUUCCGUUAAAGCUUGCAGAGAUUUAAAGACUGUCGUCAACAAACUUACACUGAAUGAAGACUUAAUUGCUGAUUGCAGCAGAACCUACUCGCUUCCAUCAGUUGCAGGAAAACACCAGGAUCUGAAAAGCAUCUCUCCACAGACACUUUCUGAUGUCAUUGACGGUAGAUACAAAAACGUCAUCAAUAGUUAUCGAAUCAUCGACUGCAGAUACCCGUAUGAAUUCGAAGGAGGUCACAUCGAAGGUGCCGAAAACAGGUAUUUACAUGCAUCCAUCUUGGAACUUCUUCAACAGUCGACUGCAGAGAAGCAAAUUCUUGUUUUUCACUGUGAGUUUUCAUCAGAACGAGGCCCAAAGAUGAUGCGAUUCCUGAGAAGUAAAGAUCGUGAAUUGAAUAAAGAAAACUAUCCUGCCUUGAACUACCCAGAAGUAUAUUUACUGGAUGAAGGAUACAAAUCUUUUUUCAACGAAAAGUCGAUGUAUUGCGAUCCAAUUAAUUACAAACCAAUGAUCCAUUAUGAACACUCGUCCGAUUUACGUCAUUUCCGGGCAAAGUCAAAGUCUUGGACCGCUGGAGAAAAACGGCGACAUGCAAAAAGAUCCAUACGCUUGUAA